ACCACAAAUUAUUAUUCGUUGGAAAUUUGUCUAUAUUCUAUCAAAAGUCAUUGAAAAAGUAAUUUUGAGUCGCAUUUCAUCUAAUUUAUGUAAAAAUAGUAUAAUAUUAUUGUUAUAGAGACCAAAAUAAUGAAUAACCUUUACAUUACCAUUAUUUUAGUCUUAUUGUCAGCUACUAGUCAAGGAGCAGUCCUCAACGGAACAAGAAAAACAAAAACCAACCAUGUCCAGCAGACGGGUUCAGGGAAACUUCUCUGCAAAUGUCCAAUAUUCGAGAGCAACAACUCCUGCGAAUCAGCUGAAGAAAUCAUCAGGCUUGCCAGUGUAGCUCAUCAGUUGGCUCAAAGAUCUAAGUGUGCUGCGCAAGAGUCGAUGAGAUUCCGUCGGGACUCUGCCGAUAGGGCACAGAAGAUUAAUAAAGAGCUGUUUAUACUCUGUGAGGAGAUGAAGAAGAUGGCUUAUGACGUCGGAAAGUUGGCGAAGUGCUAUAUGAAACAACAAGACAACGAUUGUACGGCCGGAAUGCCUAUGCCAUGCCAAUCAAUUAACUAAAGAAGAUAGAUGCUAUUUAUGGAUAUCAUACUUAUAAUUUAUACUUAAUUUUAAAUGUAAACACGGAUUUCUUUGAAUAAAAUAAUUUUAUUGAUAAUAGAUAGGUACUAAA